AGGUACAAAGUUGGUAUAUGAAUCAAAUUUUUCUAGGAAAAUCAAGAUGAAAGCUCAAAGAAGUCAAUUCAAUACUUCUGGACCAAUUAUGGGCCUGAGGGUCGAAUUGCGCCAUGGACCUCGUGGGCUAGAUAUGCGACUUUGGGGACUCUGCCUCACAAUCUUUCCAUUGAACGAUAUCAUCGCACCAUUAAGAUGAUUCUGAAGCCGAACUCCAAUAUUGUGCGCUUCUGUUUAGGCCUAAUGAAAAUCGAUCAAUUCUACUUGCGAAAAGAGAUCCAUGCUGUUGAAGGUGUUCAUGGAACAGGCAUGUCCAAGUUCCAGGCAGAUCAUUUAGCCAACCAUCCACUCGAUCUCAUUAACUACUCAGUGAAGCCCUCCAAUCUUGGCUUUGUCGUUUCGAAAACUCCUGGGAAUAAAACCGAUCUUCAAUCGUAUAGUUUGAAAAGAAACCGGUUCCGUUGCAAUUCCUCCUUGUGCAUGGUGGUUUGUGGCAAGUGCCCGGACUCCCAGACCUGUGCUCACAUUUACACUUGCAAUUGCCCUAAGUUUUCUUAUAGCAAUCUCUGUAAACACAUCCAUUUGAUAUCCAUGACCCAAUCCCAGUCCACGCCAACAAAUGAGACAAGUGAUCAAUUUGAAGUUCCUGGAUUCAAUGGGUUUAAAGCUGAAGAGCGCGAGAGUGCUCCCUUAUUGAAGAAGAACAAAAGGAGCCAGUUUUUCCAAGAUCGAGAGUUUGACGACGAAGAGUUGAAGUUUCAUCAAAACGCAAAAGAAAUUGAGGAGAAGGCUAAGAAAGUUCGAGAAAUCAUGGCCUCCAACCAAGACAAUCCCAAAAGAAGUGAAGAAGAAGCUUCAUCACGACCUAGAAAACAUUCCAAUUGGCCAAGUAACAUUUCAAGGGAUGAACAAUCCAGCUUCCUUCCCGCGUCUUGACCAAAAAAGGAGUCAUUCUCUCCAAAAUAGAUCAUUUUUCCCUGUUAAGAAAAGCUCUGUGGGUUAUAAUUACCAAGCGUCCUAAAUUUUGGGCUUUCAUCUUGAGUUUUGUUAUUUUCCGUACUUUCUCUUAAAUUCCUUGUUUUGAAGAAUUUAUCCU